CAUCACUCACAGAGUGUUUUCUAGCCUGUAGAGGAUGAGGGGGGACCGAAGGUUUAGCAUAAAAAUACAAAUUAACUGCUACUGAGCUAUUGUAUUUCACAGCAAUACAUUUUGUCACCUCCCUGCCGUUAUUCAUAAAGAGAACAUAGCCUGGUAACGUUGGAUCCCUGGCACAUCGGUGUUGUGCAUUUGCGCAAAAGCCAAUGGAACACAGUUGUAUAUACAGCCAUUGGACUUCUUGCACUUAUCCAUCUCUGUAACGAAAGUAGCAUACGUUUAUAUAGGGGCUGCAAUCAAGAGUUUGGGACACGCGAUUGCUUGCUAUGGGUGCAAUUUUGGCUUUUAUUUUCGCGACCUAUCUAAGCGCGGUUUGGGGAUGCCAGUUGCCCCACGACUGGAGGCCACAGACGGAGGCGUGCCGCGCCGAGCUUGCGGAGAUAAUAGUUUUUGCCAAGGUGCUUGCGCUACACAAGGACUCGUACAGUGUGUAUAACUACCUGCCUUGGCAGUAUGACACCGACCUCUUCUUCUCCGCGGAAAUCGAGCUGCAAUGUGACCAGGCGUGGGGCAGCAUGCUUGAGGUCCCUGCCGGAUCCCGGUUCAAUGUUACCGGACUAGGAUACUUCCCCUGUUACUCAUACAGUGCUAUAGAGAACAACUCCUACUAUUUCUUUCUGAGGAUGGAUGAGAACUACAGCAUCAUCCCCCAUGGGGUAAACUUUCAAGACCCAAUCUUCCCCGACACACCAGAGAACCACCGCAUGUUUGCCAGUCUCUUUCAGUUCUCAAACUGCACGGCUGGAACCAUGGUCCACACCUACACCCCAGAAUGGGAGGCUCGGGAAGACAGCCGGCUGCUUUGCUCAACUGUGCAAAAGGCCUUGUUUGAAGAGGAAGAGCGUGUGAAGACUCUUUCCCAGAAGGUGCGUUCUCUGGAGAAGGCCAACAGCCAUCUGCGGGAUAAGGUGAAGAACAUGAAGCGCCUGCUUCGCCAGGCCAAACGAGACACCAAAGACCAGCAGACCCUCUCCAUGAAACAGUUGCAUGACUCCAAGCCCUCCCACCCACACCAAGACACCACACAGCAGAAGAGGCCAACUUUAAAAAGAUUGUCAUCAAGACGCUGAAAAACUAAGCCCUUGUCACACAUUUACACACAAACUGUAUUCUAUAGAUCCAUUAGCUUUGUUCUCAACUUAGGAUUUGUCUACUUACUAGUAUUCAGAUAUUUACUUCUCAACAUUCUUAGUUGCGCACAAGGGCAGGCUUAUUUACAGUAACAUUUCCUUGCACAAAAGUAUAGAACACUUGAGCCUAUAGAUGAUUUGUUUGUGUAAACAUGCAUAGAUCACUACCUUUUGAGGUACUGUGAUGAUACUAGAUCAAAGGAGCCCUCUGAGUUGAUGUGAGAAAGUUUGACAGGUGCUCUGCUUGUUCAAGCCAGAAAACAGAUUCCAAAAAUGAUUGCUUUAAGCAAAAUGAAAGGGAAGUUACUUUUUUAUAUUUAACUUUAUAUUUUAUAUUUACUUAUAUAUGCCCAUUAAUGUGAUAUUAACACAUCAUAUGUGCCAUCAAAAUUAUCAAUUUAGUCAUACAAAGUGAUUACCACCAUUAGUGCAUUUCACAGGUAGAAACAGGCAAUCUACAUUUCCUUGUUAUAAGCCCUAUAUUCAAUAGAAAAUCGUACAAAGAAAAUGUUGAAACAGACUUUUUAUUGUUUUAAAAAUAUAUAUAU